AUGGUGUGCUCUUAUAUAUUCCUGUUAAUCAACCUAUUGGUAUUUAUUCCUUAUUGUCUAGGCAACAGUGCAAAUGAAUUUCGAAAAGCUUUAAAAUAUUACAUACCCAGGUGUCAAGGUGGGACAUGGCAAAGUAUAUCCGCCCCAGAGCAAUAUGAAACGUGUAAUACUUUAUAUGGAGGCCUGGAGAUAACUUCAACCUCAGAUAUAUCCAAUCUACGAAGUUUAAGAAAUAUUAUAACUGUGGAGGGAUUGAUUAAUAUUGAGAACACGAACCUUCAAGAUCUCUCAUUUUUUCAAAGUCUGAAAUUCAUAGAAUAUCAAAAUGUUGGAUCUACUGUACUCAACCUUCGUAAUAAUUCACAAAUGACACGUCUGGGUCUGCCAGCUCCGGAUAUUAGUACUGUAGGGCAGAUCCAAGAAAUUGCAUUCAUUAACUUUGAGAAUUUGCACAAAGACUUUUGCUUGACAGUCGCAGAAGUUGUACAUUAUUUCGAAUUAAAUAAACUUUCUGUCGAUAAUUUCCAUGUGAAACUUUGUGAUGAGGAAGACUCGAAAUAUGUUAUAUGUCACGCUGAACCGCUGAAAACAUUAUUGAACAAUUGUGAAGUAAUUAUUGGAAAUUUGAUAAUUGAAGCUGGCGAUGAGGGUUAUAUUUCAAAAUUGGAUUUUACCAAGUAUCUAUUCGGAGCAUUAAUAAUAAGGAACACUAAUCUAAAAAAGAUUAAAACUUUGUUUCACUUGAGCCUUAUUUGCUCUUUCGAGGAUUCUUUGCCACUUAUUCAAAUACAUUCAAACGUAAACUUGAAAGAAGCAGUGUUGGGUGGAAUAGUCAAUCUGAUAACCGGAGGAGAAAGGGUUGCAAUUUUUCAAGAUAAUCACCCUGAUUUGUUUAAAUCAAAGGAAUGUGAUUUGUUCGACCGAAAUAAUAAAACAGAUUUUUUGAAGACCCUCGUCAGUUUGACAUAUAUCGGAGGAGACUGUGGAGACGAAAGAGUUAAUAUCACAUUUUCAAAUGCAAGUUCCCUCUCCAUAUUCUUCGUUAUAUCAAGUACCGUGUUUUUUUUUAUUUGUUUGUUUUUCAAAAUAUGA